AAACAAGAAGCAGAAGGAAAAAGAGGUUCGUGUCCAGCCCCCGCUACGUGGAGACCAUGCUGGUAGCCGACCAGUCCAUGGCCGAGUUCCACGGCAGCGGGCUGAAGCACUAUCUCCUGACGCUGCUCUCCGUGGCGGCCAAGCUGUACAAGCACCCCAGCAUCCGCAACUCUAUCAGCCUGGUGGUGGUGAAAAUCAUGGUCAUUUACGAGGAGCGGAAGGGACCCGAUAUCUCUUCCAACGCAGCCCUGACUUUGAGAAACUUCUGCAGCUGGCAGAAGCAGCACAACCCGCCCAGUGACCGGCACGCCGAACACUACGACACGGCAAUCCUCUUCACCAGGCAGGACCUCUGCGGUGCCAAGACAUGUGAUACUCUUGGGAUGGCUGAUGUGGGAACAGUUUGUGAUCUAAACCGCAGUUGCUCUAUCAUAGAAGACGAUGGUUUACAGGCUGCCUUUACAACAGCCCACGAACUAGGCCACGUGUUUAACAUGCCUCAUGACGACGCAAAGCAGUGUGCUGGUAUUAAUGGAAUAAGCCGGGAUUUCCACAUGAUGGCAUCUAUGCUUUCCAACCUGGAUCGCAGCCAGCCUUGGUCUCCAUGUAGUGCCUACAUGAUUACAACAUUUUUGGACAACGGUCAUGGUGAGUGUUUGUUGGACAAGCCCCACAAACCAAUCCAGCUUCCUUCUGACUUGCCUGGCACGUUGUACGACGCCAACAGACAGUGCCAGUUUACAUUUGGAGAUGAGUCCAAGCACUGCCCUGAUGCAGCCAGUACAUGUACGACGCUGUGGUGUACUGGCACUUCUGGAGGACUGCUCGUGUGCCAAACCAAACACUUCCCUUGGGCAGACGGCACCAGUUGUGGGGAAGGGAAGUGGUGCAUGAAUGGCAAGUGUGUGAAUAAAACUGAGAAGAAGCAUUAUGAUACACCAGUGCAUGGGAGCUGGGGGUCCUGGGGGGCGUGGGGAGAGUGCUCCCGGACCUGUGGUGGUGGAGUGCAGUACUCUUUCAGGGAGUGCGACAACCCCGUCCCAAAAAAUGGGGGGAAAUACUGCGAAGGGAAGCGGGUGCAAUACAGAUCAUGUAACAUCGAGGACUGUCCGGACAAUGAUGGCAAAACCUUUAGGGAGGAACAAUGUGAAAAGCACAAUGAGUUUUCUAAGUCUCCCUUUGGAAGUGGACCUGCAGUGGAGUGGACACCCAAGUUUGCCGGUGUCUCUCCAAAAGACAGAUGCAAGCUGGUCUGCCGAGCAAAAGGAACAGGAUACUUCUUUGUUUUACAGCCAAAGGUUGUGGAUGGUACCCCAUGUAGCCCCGAUUCCACCUCCGUCUGCGUCCAGGGACAGUGCGUAAAGGCUGGCUGCGACCGUAUGAUAGGAUCCAAUAAGAAGUUUGACAAAUGCGGUGUCUGCGGUGGCAAUGGAUCCACUUGCAAGAAAGUGUCUGGCACACUUGUUAGAGCAAAACCCGGCUACCACGACGUUGUCACCAUUCCAGCUGGGGCGACGAACAUUGAGGUGAAGCAGCGAAACCACAGGGGUGCGAGACACGAUGGCAGCUUCCUCGCCAUCAAAGCGGCAGAUGGCACCUACGUCCUGAAUGGCGAUUACACCCUGUCGACGCUGGAGCCCAAGAUCAAGUACACCUAUUUCGUGAAGAAGCCCGUGCAGCCUGGGUCGGAGAAGGCACCCAGUAGAAAGAGAGAGUCCUUCAACGCCAUCAGGGAGAUCAUCUCCUCCGAGUGGGUCAUCGAGGAGUGGGGCGAGUGCUCCAAGUCAUGCGGCUCGGGCUGGCAGCGGCGGGCCGUGGAGUGC